AUUAAUUUAUUUUGUUAUUUUAAUAAUAAUAAUAUUUAUUAAAUUUAUCUAAUGUCGUAUAUUUACGGUAAUUCUACUGUUAUUGACGAUUUAAAUGAUCGUUAUGACGGGAAAAGUGACAAGAAAUACAAUGGACACAAGAAUUCGGCAAAUGAAUCUCAAUUGGAGUCAAUUCGCCGAUCUCAUAGACGUAAACAUUCAUCUAAGAGUCGGUGUAAAGCGAAAACAAAAGUUUUUUCGAGUAAUAGUAAUAGUAAUAAUAAUAAUAAUGAAGACUGCAAUGAUAAUAGUAAUUCUUCGGCGGCAAAUAAACACAGACGUCAUAAAAAAACUAAAGCAAGUGCCAAUGAGACUGAUGAUUUAGUUAUUAAAUCAGAAUUAAAUCCGGAAAUAGGCUUGAUGGAGGAGCUGAGUGAAAAAGAAGCUUUGAUAGCAAAAUACAAAACUAAAUAUAGUAAAUUAGAAAAAAAUUACCAAGAAAUUAAUAAAGAAAAUUCAAAGCUCAAUUUAUUGAUAGAGAAACGUGAUUCUGAAUAUAAAGAACUGCAUACGCAUUACGAAGAAUUAAUAAAACAUGUACAGUCAUUGGAUCAAGAGAGAAUUAAUAAUCAAAUUGGAAUUAAAAAAAUUGUUGCUGAAAAUUCCCAACUGCAUGAAGAUGUGGGUUUGCUAAAAAUUUUAAUUUACCGGCUCAACGUUGAGCUCCAGAGGUAUCAAGAUAAAUUGCGGCUGCUGAAUGUCAGAAGUGAUGAACCGAAGUCCGAUGCUACUGCGGAUCCAGCGACUGAGAAUAAGAAAGUGUCUGAGGCUUGGGGUCAUGUCAAUACUCACGCGCUGGCUCCUCUGUUGGAAGCUUACCAAGAGCAUCUUGAAGAGAAAGAAGAACUUAUAAGACAAUUUAGAAGGGAGAUGGACGAUUUCGGGGGAAAAUGUAAAGAAAUUGUCGCGGAAAAUGACGAAUUGCGCAGGGAUUUAGAUUUUUAUAAAUUACAGACGGAAAAAUUAACAGAAGAAAUGAAAACAGUCACUGAAGAUAUAGCUCUUGUUAAAGAAGAAAAUGAUAUUUUAACAAAACAAGCAUCGUUGCACAAACAGAAACUCCAUGAGAUUCAUUCGAUUUAUGAAAAAAAAGUUGAGUCAAUGUCACGUGAUAAUAAUAAAUUGCACAGUGACUAUGUCAGUUGUAAGACUGAGCUAAGUAAUCUUCAAGGUAAAUAUGAAAUCUUAAGUGAUGGGUAUGAGAAAUUGAAAAAAAAUUCAGAAAAAACGAUGCCCGUUUCUGUUCACUCGGACGCGAUUGAAGAGUGCAAGAGGUUGUUUGAGGAAUUAAAAACUCAGUAUGAGACAGAGAAACGUAAACUGCUUAGUCAAUUGAAGCGGUUUGAAGAAUCGAAUCCGGAAAAUGAGAAAUUGAUUGCCACGUUGACUGCUGAGCGGGAUCAUUUGAGAUAUUUGACCAAGAAUCUCGAGAAAAGUCUCAAACGCACACAGAACAAGUUGGAGUCGUUGCAAAAUGCUUUGUGCUCUAUCCAAGUAUCCAGAGAUUCUUUUAAGAGACAAUUAUCAAAAAUAACAUCUUAUUGCGAGGAACUGGUUACUGCGCAAGAAAAAUUGCAAGCAGAAAAAGAUGAACUUUUGACUCUUUUAUGUACUAAAGAGAAAGAAAGUGAAAAUAUUCAGUAUCUUGGUAAUAAUAUUACGCAGCGCAUGGGGCUUUUGAAAGAUCAAUUGAAGAGUGUUCAAAAAGGAGCUAAAGAGCAACUAGAAACCGUCGAAAAAAAUAUGAAAAUUCAAGAGCAAGGUGUUGGGCAGAUGAAAUCGGAUUAUCACAAAGAAUUGCAGCGAUUGAAACAGCUUAUUAAGCAGAAAGAAGAUGUGAUUGGUAAGCUACAGAGAGAAAAAUAUGCUGCGCAAGAUCACUUAGAACUGGUUUGGAAAGCUGCUACUAAUGACGAUAAGAAGGUUAAAGAUGUGUUAAAAAACACAAAGAUUUAUGUUUGAGAUAAGCCCAUGGGUCGCUCCGAUCUUCUGCCAACUAAAAUCAAAGUAAUUUACCUUUUUCUCAAUCACUUCUGAGAAUUUGAAAUUUACAAAAUAUGUAACUGUUAUAAAACUGUUUAUCUAUUCAGUGUUAUUGUCUAGUCGCAACUGUUGCUAGUAUUAGAAUUAAACAAAUAGAUUAUAUAUAAAUCAUCUGGUUUUCUUGUUGGUAUUUUUAUUAAUUUAUUUAAAUUGUUUCUCCGACAUAAUAAGUUGUUUUUAUCAUCAUCAUCGGUAAUAAUUCUUCCUUAUCCUGACCAUGACGAGCUAUCAUCACACGAUUAUUCAUUUUUUUAUUUUAUUGCUUCUUAACGAGUUUUUUUUCAUCGCAAAUUUCUACGAUGUCACCUGCUUUAUUUAGUGGUGAUGUCAACCAAUACAAGUGGCUGCGAAGGCUGUUACUGUUCGUGCCUCAAAUUAUGUCUCGAAUAUUUAUUAUGCAAGUGAUCUCACAUUCAGUCAAUUAACAUAUUAAAGAGUUUGACUCUAUCAAUUGAUAUUAUCUAGCUAUUUCAGCCUCAUUUGUAUUUUUUUUUCGCAUCCUCAGUCAGCCGCCAAAAUAUUCAAAAGGAUCAAAAGAAACGACAGCAGAUUAUCAUUUUAUUUUAUUUAUCGUUUAUUAAUUACCUGAAAAAUAUGGUUAUUAUUUAUAAUUAUAUUAUGGUAAUUAAGUUAAUGAGUAAUAAAAAUAUUUUUUGUUAUUCCGUAAGCCAGAAUAAUUAAUAAAACGAUAAAUUAUUAAGUAAUGGGGCUUUGAGCGUCACUUUGUCAACAUGUGUGGCUCA